AUGAAAAUUCUCAUCGGGCUGUUAUUAGGCUGGUUGUUUCUAGCUUGGUCAACCCCAUUUGAAGCCUGUAGAUGUGGACCAGAACAACCAUGUUGGCCAUCAGAGGAACAAUGGCAAGCCUUGAAUAACACCGUUGACGGGAACCUAAUCAAGCUGGCGCCGGUUGGAAACGUCUGCCAUGAGUCUACAUUUGAUGAAGAGUCCUGUCGUGAAUUCUUACACUCGAACCGAAACAGUGGUUGGAGAGCGUCGCAGCCAGCUCAUGUUUCUGUCAUUGUGCUGGGGUCGAAUCGUGCUCACUAUUCUCAUUCAGGAGCUCUACAAGAUUGGCUUUGGGAAAGCGGCUCCAGUACCAACGAGACAUGCGACGUACUUGGUCCUAAGGUCCAAGGAGCGUUAUGUCACCAGGGUAGAAUUCCUUUAUAUUCAGUAGCAGUCGAGUCUGUCGCCCACAUAAAAAGCUCUAUUUCCUUUACUCGGAAGCACAAUCUGCGUCUUGUUAUUCGAAACACUGGUCACGACGGAGCAGGACGAUCAAGUGGCCCUGACUCACUCCAGAUCGAUACUCACCGUAUGAAAGAAAUCACCUAUCAUCAUGAUUUCACGCCCAUCGGAUCUGUCGUAUCAGGUGAAGGGCCCGCUGUGACAGUUGGAGCAGGUGUCAUGCUGGGAGAUCUUUAUGCACAGGGUGCUCAUCACGGCUACACCGUUGUUGGAGGAGAGUGUCCAACAGUUGGAGCCACAGGCGGGUUUGUUCUUGGAGGAGGAGUGUCGAGCAUUCUCAGCCAUACAAGAGGAUUGGCAGUUGACAAUGUACUGGAAUACGAAAUUGUGACUGCAAGUGGCGACCUUGUCAUUGCAAAUGCACACCAGAACAAGGAUCUUUUCUGGGCUCUACGCGGCGGCGGCGGUGCCACAUUUGGCAUUACCACACGAGUCACUGUAAGAGCAUUUCCCGAUGUUCCCAUAUGCACCGAGAAAUUCGUUCUGCAGGGCCCGUAUCAUGAACCAACUUUCUGGAAACAUGGAGUACAGCCUCUACUGGAAACUCUGCAGUCUCUUAAUAGAAAGGGGAUUGUAGGUCAGUUUGAAUUGACGCGACCGAGUGAAGAAUUGGCCCAGACUAGCCUUGAGGUGUUCUUUCUGGAAAGGAAAAAGGACUAUGUCCCCGACGAUGACAUUCGCCAAUUAAAAGACAAACUGAGCUCAAGUGAGGGUGGAAAUUCAAUCCACCAUUCUGUUCAGUCAAGAUGUCUUCCCAAUUUGAACUCUGCUCUCCGACACGCACCAGAUAUUUAUCCACCGGACUACGGAGUCCUUUUUGGAUCCAUCUUGAUCUCCACCUCCAUGUUCAACUCUUCCAAAGGCCCGCGAGAAAUUUCAGAGAAUUUUUCCCGCUUCUCCUUGCAUCCGGGUGAUUUACUUUUUACCAGCAAUCUUGGAGGGCGUGUAUCAGAGAUUCCAGAAAGAGCCGAUAGUGAGACUUCAAUGCAUCCUGGUUGGAGGUCAUCUUCUCAGCUGCUCACUUACGUUCGAUAUGUCGGUGGUCUAUCCGUGGAAAGGAAGGAAUCCGCGUUGUUUGAGUUAACCAAUGUGCAAAUGCCACAUCUUUACUCUCUUGAACCUAACUUCAAUGUUUCUUACGUGAAUCUGCCGGAUCCCAACCAGCCAGGUGCACCAAGAAUAUUUUGGGGCAAAAGCUACGAUUAUUUACUAAAAUUGAAGCAAAUCUGGGAUCCAGAAGAGAUUUUUAUCACGCGUUUGGGUGUGGGAAGUGAGAAUUGGGAUGUUGAGGGGAUGUGCAAGCUGAACCGUGGAUCGAUUCAUCGCGUGAAUUCGCUUUUGCCUCUUGACUGGCUGAGAUAUUAA